GCUCGGCGAACCGCCCUAACCUCGGUGCCGCUCGUUGCACUCGUUUCGCUCUGCGCCGCGUCGCGCGAUGCCAGGCGUAUCCUAACGAGUUUCGAGUUCGACGACGGACGACGAUGUACGCCCGCGAGCUUCCUCCUGCACCGCGCCGUUAGUCGAGCAAUCGCCGAGGCAGGGAAGGUGCGUAUCGACGGGACGAAUCGACCGAGUCGCUCGCUCGACGAGAGGAGUGCGUCUCUUCUCUCUCUCUCUCUCUCUCUCUACGACGUGCACAUUGUACACAUUUUCUCGCGAAAUCCCAACGCCGUUCUACUCUCACGCCGAUCGCCCUUCUCAUCGGCCAGGAGGAGAAACCGGAGAAGCGAACAUCCGAGUCGGGCGCCGAAGAGGAGGCGCGUAACGAUCGCUCCUCUCCCGUCGAGCACGCGUCGCGAUCAUCGUGAUUCCGCAGCCGGAGAAAUCUACAUUUCGCGAUAAUCCACCCGUUCUACUCGCGCGUGCAGUGUCAUUUACCGGGAUUGCCCGUCCCUCAUCGCGCCGGCGUAAUUAACGUACAGCUGUGUCGGAAGUGGUGAUACGUAGCCUCUGAAGCGAUGACCUGGACCGCCGGGACAGUUCAUUUCUAGAGGAAGAGCGAUCCUGCGAGGAGACUCCUCCGCAUCCUCGAGGAGUCCUCGGCGCGCGACUUCUCCAUCAAGAAAGUAUCAAGAAAAUACACGGGAAACUGCUGAAAAGUCAUGUAAUUCCACGGAGCUUCAUUGAACUCGGUGUCGCGAAGAUAUCCCAAUUUCAAGUCUCGUCCAAGGAUCUAAAUCGCGAGUUUGAUCGCGCGGAAAUUGGGUGAUGAGCAGCUCGUGGUACAAGCGGAGGACUGCCGUCGUUGAAAGAUGUUUCGCUUCAAGAUUCGCAUUCACACAUGUCAAGUGAUACUGCUGACGUCGCUGGUAUGGUUCCUGGUCGACGUUAUGGUGCUCAUGUUCUAUUCGGACUGCAUCGGAGGGUCCGGAUGGAACUGUCCAGAUAACAAGCAGCAGCAGUCCGCGCUUCAGUCCGAGGAGUCUCCGUCCCAGGUACAUGCGAAGAUCCCGGUCGGAGAGGCGAAAGCGCUGAAACACGAGUAUGUAGGCACCAAGAGGCAGUAUUUGCAGAGCAAAUUGCAUCUGUGGAGGCCGGCGAGAGUCAUCAAGGAGAACAAGGGCAGUCCUGGCGAGAUGGGAGCGGCUGUGCACAUCGCGCCAGAGAACGAGGCCAAGCAGCAGGAGCUGUUCAAGCUGAAUCAGUUCAAUCUGAUGGCCAGCGAUUUGAUCUCCUUGAAUCGAUCUCUGAAGGACAUCAGACUCGAGGGUUGUAAAAAUAAGAAAUAUCCCAAGUAUCUUCCGGACACGAGUAUCGUGAUAGUUUUCCACAACGAGGCGUGGACCACUCUGCUGAGGACAGUCUGGUCUGUAAUAAACAGGUCUCCCAGGUCGCUAUUGAAAGAAAUCAUCCUUGUGGACGACGCGAGCGAGCGCGAACAUCUAAAGAAAGAGUUGGAGAAGCAUAUAACUGAGCUACCUGUUCCUACCUAUGUAUAUCGUACCGAAAAGAGGUCGGGCUUGAUAAGAGCAAGGCUUUUAGGGGCGAAAUACGUCAAGGGACAAGUAAUCACGUUUCUAGAUGCGCACUGUGAGUGCACCGAAGGUUGGUUGGAGCCGUUACUUUCAAGAAUCGCCAACGAUAGGCAUACCGUUGUCUGUCCGAUCAUAGACGUCAUCAGCGAUGACACCUUCGAAUAUAUCCCAGCCAGUGACAUGACCUGGGGUGGUUUCAACUGGAAAUUAAACUUUAGAUGGUAUAGAGUCGCACAGAGAGAGAUGGAUAGAAGAAACGGCGACAGAACAGCACCACUACGAACACCAACUAUGGCUGGCGGAUUGUUUUCUAUUGAUAAAGAAUACUUCUACGAGUUGGGCGCGUACGACGAAGGCAUGGAUAUCUGGGGCGGCGAAAAUCUUGAAAUGAGUUUUCGGAUAUGGAUGUGUGGUGGGACAUUGGAAAUUGCGACAUGCUCGCACGUCGGGCACGUAUUCCGUAAAUCGACCCCGUAUACUUUCCCGGGUGGUACCAGCAAGAUAGUCAACCACAACAAUGCGCGGCUCGCAGAAGUUUGGUUGGACCAAUGGAAGUACUUCUAUUACAACAUUAAUCCAGGAGCGCGAAACGUUGAUGUCGGCGAUGUCUCUGAACGGAUAAAGCUCAGAGAACGAUUAAAGUGUAAGAGCUUCAGAUGGUACUUGGAGAACAUAUAUCCGGAAUCACCAAUGCCCCUAGAUUAUUAUUAUCUCGGCGACGUGAAAAACGUUGAAAUGCAAACUUGUUUGGAUACUAUGGGUAGAAGAACUGGGGAGAAUGUCGGAAUUAGCUAUUGUCAUGGAUUAGGUGGAAAUCAGGUAUUUGCCUAUACUAAGCGGCAGCAGAUAAUGUCCGACGAUAUGUGCCUUGAUGCAGCUAGUCCACAAGGUCCUGUGAAGAUUGUGAGAUGUCAUGGCAUGGGUGGUAAUCAAGCAUGGGUUUACAACAAUGAGACCAAAAUGAUUAGACAUACAAAUACAGGUCAUUGCUUGUCGAAACCUCAUUCGGGUGACGCGUCGCAACCCGUUUUAGCGCCGUGCGAUGCCAAUAAUAUUGGCCAAAGAUGGAUCAUGCGUAGCAAAUUCAAAUGGCAAGCUAGCUAAUACGAAUCGACUCUAAACGCCAGUUCUAUAUGCAAUAUUUGUUAAUAUAUUUAAUAAAUGAUAAGGAGAUAUGGACGAAGAAUCUUGCGCGCCCAAAACGAAGUAUUACAACAAGUGGUCGAAGGAACAAGUUCAGUAUCACGCCUAAUCAUGAUUUAAAUGUGUGCAUCAAAUGGAAUUGACAGUGCGCGUGAAAUCGAAUCAUGUCGGAAACAAGAUUGUAGUUAAUUGAUUCGAUUCUAUAGGACUUAUUCGCUAUUGAUAAAACAGUACCGAAAAUUUACUGCCAUUCUUCGUGUAUGGCACAGUCCUUAACAGGUACGAUUUGUUUAAUCCACAUAAUAAUAACAGAGAUGAACUUUGACUGCAUGUAGACACGAAUGUGAAAUGACAUAAACAAAGUGAACUUUUUUCUUCUUUUCUGACUAAGGAAAGCCAGUAGAGAAGAAAGCAUAUCAGAUGACACUGUUAUAAAUAAAAUAAUUGUUAAUACAGAAAAGAGACAUAUUUGAUAACUUCAGAUGAGUGCAAUGAUGGAUGAUUGAUUGACCAUUAGAUCAGUGCGCAAUAAUGAAAUGUGAAUAUCCUAGAAUGUAUCGCGAAACAAUGACAGAAUGAAUGCUCGAAUGCUAGUGAAAUUGAUGUGAUUACACACGCUACCGAUAAUAAUAUAGAAGUUAUUAUUGUACAAUCCAUUUAAUAACUAGGAAAGAGCAUUGGAUCUUUUUAUAUUCUAAUAGUUCCUCCUCGUUGCAUCUCGUUCGUAUAAUUUAAUUGUUACGCGUCGUUUCGCGCAAAGAAUGUACUUAUUCAGAUUUUAUGGCAAUGUAUAGAGAAUCCUUCCAGUAAGUUUUAGUUAAAUGUAUGCGAUUAUUGCGAUUGUCAUUCACAGAGACAUAAUGCAAUUUUUCUUAAUGUUUUUCAGAGUGUCUUCCAUAAUUAACGAUACAAGCGAAUAUUUUUACGAGGUAUAAACAGACAUAACACACAACAUUUGUUGAUUGUUUCCCUAAACGAUAUUCACGAAAAUAGAUAUACUGUGAAAAAUUAUGCUUCAAGAUGAAUAAUUUUUAUAGACACUUGUAUCAUACAAAAACUAAUUGAAUUGAAUCACUUUUUGUUUUAAA